GCGUCAGAGUUAUUAAUUGUGGUGAUAAAGGAUGUAAAGCUGAAAUUAUAUUAAAUGAAGAUGUACCGUAUAGUGAUGGGGAAUUUAUUUUUCCAAAGAAAAAAUUAGACCAAUCCAAAAUGUACUCAGUUGGAAUGCGUGGUAUUACUACUAUUGAAGGUAAAACAUAUGGCAGCGGUACUAUUAUUUCUGGUAAUAAAGCUGGAGAACCUGAAGCAUAA